AGUCGAGUCUUCUCGGCCGCACCGUCAUCGCCGUCUCCGUCCUCUUGCCCCUCCUCCUCCUCUUCCACCUCUCACCUCCAAAAACCCUAACCCCCCACAGAGGAGAAGCCAUCCUCGCCGCGGGGGCAAGAUGUUCGGCUACCAGAAGGGCGUCGACAUCGAGGCGGGGACCUCCGCCGGGGCCGGCGCCGCGCCCACGCGGGGGCUCUACCCGGGGAUGACCGAGAGCCCCGAGCUGCGCUGGGCGCUCAUCCGCAAGAUCUACGUCAUCCUCUCGCUGCAGCUCCUCCUCACCGCCGUCGUCGCCGCGGUAGUCGUCAAGGUCCGCGCCAUCCCCCACUUCUUCGUCUCCACCAACGCCGGAUUCGGCCUCUACAUCUUCCUCAUCAUAUUCCCAUUCAUCGUGCUCUGCCCGCUCUACUUCUACCGCCAGAAGCACCCAGUCAACCUGCUGCUGCUCGCCAUCUUCACCAUCGCCAUCAGCUUCGCCGUCGGCAUGACAUGUGCCUUCACUAGCGGCAAGGUCAUUCUGGAGGCUGCAAUUCUCACCACAGCGGUUGUCUUCAGCCUCACUGCUUACACAUUCUGGGCUGCAAGGAGGGGCCAGGACUUCAGCUUCCUUGGUCCUUUCCUGUUUGCUUCACUCAUAAUGUUGCUCGUGUUUGGGUUCAUUCAGAUCCUCUUCCCGCUAGGCAAGCUCUCUCACAUGAUAUACGGUGCGCUGGCGGCGCUCAUCUUCAGUGGCUACAUCGUCUACGACACGGACAACAUCAUCAAGCGCUUCACGUACGACGAGUAUGUCUGGGCUGCUGUCUCACUCUACCUCGAUGUCAUCAACCUGUUCCUGGCCCUGCUGACCCUGUUCAGGGCAGGCGACUAAGCUCAUCGCCUGGCCCCUGAUCGAUCGACGCCUCUCUCGCCCUGCAUAUCUACCACCUUGAAUCCCGUGGACAUAUUUCCCCUAUCCUGAUGAGUCCUUAGACUUGGAGAACUGUAUAGGUGCCUAGCUAGUACGUUGAAAUUGUUGCUGAGUUUAGUGGAGCCUAGGAACCACGAAAUUUCUGCCUUGGUUCUAUGCAUGAAUGAUGGAUGCGAUGUUGCGUUUGGGUGUUAUUUGACAUAUGCUGGAUUAGUUGUGCUGCUGCUCUGUGUCCUUGUUUAUUGUUCGUUUCUGCC